AAUUUACGUAACGAUGUUUACAUAGGUCAAGCAAAUCUAUUUGCGCGAUGUUUACUCAAGAAUAGCAUACCAGGUACCUAAUUACAGAAUGGCCAUUAUAGUUAGCCUCUAUAUACGCCUCGAUGAUUAAUACACCGGCUACGUAACGUGAAAUUCUCAAACAAUACUCGCGCACGCGACCAGCCAUAGUUUUUUCGCCCCCGGGCAUCGCGCGCGCGAAUUCCCGUGUCGACUCCUUCGGGGCACGCAAAUUUAAUCUGGACCAAGGUUAGAAGUUUGAUGCUGAGAAUGUAUAUAAUAUACGUCAAGCCAGUCGUAUUUUCAUCAGGAGAAGGCGUGCGCGGGGGAAAGUGGAUCGGGUGGACGCCCAGGGGAAGGCUUCCCCACUUUUGCCGAACUUUGCGAUCUGAUGCGGUCGAGCAUCUCGAGAGGUAUAAAAGGCUUCGAGCUUAGGCUCAACGAUAUAGUCUCGAGCUACUCGAUCUCGCAGCUUAUUCGACACACACAAGUCAACCAACAAACAAAACAGCCAUGUUCUCCAAGAUCGCAAUCAUCGCCUGCGUCCUCGCCGUCGCCAACGCCGGAGCCGUCGGCUACGCCGCCCCGGCUUACACCGCCAGCUAUGCCGCUCCGGCCUACACCACCAGCUACGCCGCCCCGACCCUGAGCGCAACCUCCGACAACGUGUACCGCAGCGCCGGCAACUUCCACUCGAUCUCGACCCAGUCCAAGAGCAUCGCCACCCCCUUCUCCUCGAGCAACAAGCACUUCACCAGCGUCACCAACCCCGGAGUCUACGCUCAGACCGCCUAUGCCGCCCCCGUGGCCACCUACGCCGCCGCCGCUCCCAUCGCUCAUGCCAGCUACGCUGCCCCCGUGGCCCACGCUAGCUACGCCGCCCCCAUCGCCCACGCUGCCCCCGUUGCCGCUCACGGCAGCAGCCUCCUCGGAGUCGCCUACUCCCCGGCCGUCGCCGUCUCGCACAUGACCUACAGCAGCCCCGUCGGCAUCAACUACUCCUGUAUUUUGCUUAUCGCAAUCAUCGCUUGUGUCCUCGCUGUCGCUAACGCCGGAGCUAUCGGCGUCCCAGCCGCCUAUGCGGCUCCAGCCAUCGGCUACGCCGCCCCGGCUUACACCGCCAGCUACGCUGCCCCGGCCUACACCACCAGCUACGCCGCCCCGACCCUGAGCGCAACCUCCGACAACGUGUACCGCAGCGCCGGCAACUUCCACUCGAUCUCGACCCAGUCCAAGAGCAUCGCCACCCCCUUCUCCUCGAGCAACAAGCACUUCACCAGCGUCACCAACCCCGGAGUCUACGCUCAGACCGCCUAUGCCGCCCCCGUGGCCACCUACGCCGCCGCCGCUCCCAUCGCUCAUGCCAGCUACGCUGCCCCCGUGGCCCACGCUAGCUACGCCGCCCCCAUCGCCCACGCUGCCCCCGUUGCCGCUCACGGCAGCAGCCUCCUCGGAGUCGCCUACUCCCCGGCCGUCGCCGUCUCGCACAUGACCUACAGCAGCCCCGUCGGCAUCAACUACUCCUGGUAAACGGCGAGCAGCGAGAUGACCGGCUCAACCUCCUCUGGUUGAACCAUGACUUCUGUACAAUAGCUCUCUCCCUCUCUA